UCUGUACUCUUAUUGAUGAUAAAAAUGAGCCAAUCAACACGUGGGAAAUUAGACAGUUAUUGUAAAAAGCAAUAUCGCAACCCUCGACUGGCCGGGGUACGUGUAAUUCUCUAGGCCAGGAGACGUGUAGCUUCAUGUAGCUUCGAAGAAGCUUACAUCGAGUUCCCCUCUCGCUGGGACUUAAAUGCUAAAAUUGUGGAAAGCGAGAUUGAGAGAGAACUGUCAAAUACUUAUCAAACUAAUGCCAAAUGAAUGUCAAAUAAUCUAUACCAAAUAACAAAUGUCAAUUACCACAUGCUGAACAACUGCAAAAGAACAAGAACAGCUCUGCACUGCAUAUGUAUAUUCUUACUAUGAAUGAAAACAAUAUAAAGGUUAGUGAGAAAGUUAAAAGUGAAAUGAGCAGACUAAGAACACAAGCAAGCCUUGUGCCUUUAGCAGUGUUACAGACUGACAAUUCACUCCAAACAAAAACAAUCUUGUUUCAGAGUGUUAGGUCUCUCCUCCCCCACAUAGGUGAUGUGCAAAGUGAUUACAACAUUCCAAAAAUGGGUGCUUGAUGAGCACAUGAAUCCACAGUGGUAGGUAAGUGGAUUAGGAAUCUCUGCAGGACUUGAGUUUAAUUCAAUGUCUCCAGAUAACAAAAGCUUCUUUUCUGACAAGAGGUAGUUCUUAUUAUCAAACUGAACUCGGACAAAAAUUCUGGAUAACAUUUAUAAUUCCUACCAGAAGAGAGACUGCAAACAGUCGUAUUUUUUGCGAAUGUGGGUGACGGUCAAUAUUCGAACGAAAGGUCUGAAGCGAAUGUAAAAACAGCGAGGGAGACUGGGGAGAGACGCUAAAAAAUAAACAGUCGUAUUUUUUGCGUAUGCGGGCGACGGUCAAUAUUCGAAUGAAAGGUCUGAAGUGAAUAUAAAAAUAGUGAGGGAGAAUGGGGAGAGACGCUAAAAAAUACCACUGUCCGGCAUGCAUAUGUUAAAUUCGUUCAAAAUCACCUGUUCUUCCAGCAACGGGAAAUUCCCAUUGGUUUAAUUCUGACGCAACCUGUCAUCAAAUGACACUCACACCUCAUCAAAAAGAUAUAGAUGCCGUAUCAGUUUCACUGUAAAGAGAGUAAUUCUCGCGGGAAAAUGGAAGACGUUGACUCCACACUUGCGAGCGAUUUAGCAGUGGUCCACUCGUAAAAAUUAUCAUUUUACUCUAAGUAUGAACGGCUAGCUCACUAAAUACAUUGGCAAUAUUCCUUGAAAUUUAUAACUGAAGAUGGACAGGUCGGGCUUCUCAACGGCCACUGGCAUGCAUGAAUGACCCCGAGAGCAAGCAAAUAUACACGCAAACAAAUGAUUUCUGCACGUAUUUGUCUUGGGGCUACAGACUGAACGAGACUUAACGUCUUAUAAACCUGAUGAUUUUGUAAGGUAAUAAGUUAUAAGUUUUAUAGGAUUAAGUAUUGUUCAGUCACGUGCAGAAAUAAUUUGUUUGCGUGUAGAUUUGCUUGCUCUCAGGGUCAUUCAUGCAUGCGAAUGGCCGUUGAAAACCCCGACAAACCUCUUCAUUCAUAGAUUUCAAGGAAUAUUUAAUGGCAAUGUAUUAAGUGAGCUAGCCAUUCAUACCAUAAGUUGUGGGUGGAGCUGUCAAGCAAUUUCUGUCACCUCAGUGACAUUAUACGACCCCCGCUUGGAGCGAAUUCGUUGUAUGAAAAGCCGACAGUCAUUUUCUCGCCUCACACACCCUAUGGGCGUGGGAGGCUCACGCACUUCACACACGAGGAUUGCACUUAUGGCACUUCGCACCUUCCGAAAACGUCCAAAAACAACUGUUUUGUGGUCUAACCAGAAGACCAACACUUUUCUUGUUUAAAUUUUGUUUUAAAAAAAUUGAGCUAAAAAAGACCCUUCUUCAUGAGCAAGCUUGUCAAUCCAUAGUUCAUCCCUUGAAAUAUCUCGAAAGGGCUGAAUAAUCCCUUGAAAGGGUUGAAUAAUCCCUCGAAAGGGAUUUGAGUUUCCUUGAGAGGAAUGAAUUACCGCGAACAGUGAAUUCCUGAUUUCUGUUCCAUUUGAGUCGCCCAGUGAUGUAACCGGCCUGAUUGCAGAUUCUGUUCUACAUUGAGCAAUAUUGCUUUAAAAUUUGAGUGCAUGGCAUUAAUGUCCUCGGCAUCACAAGCAACAUUAGGGACCUUUAUACGAUGCAAGGACGGGAAGGCCAAGACGGGAACGCCAGCGGACGCGGGAAACUUUCGCGUGCCAUGUAGCCAAAGACGGUGACGUCAAUAACUCUAGCUCCAUAAAAGCUUUUCAUAAAACCAAUGACAUCCCUUUGAGAUAAUGUAGAAAUAUUAUCCAGUUAAGCUUUAACAAUGGUGAACAGAUGACACGAAACUUACUCUUGUUUAGAUAAUUAUGUAAAGCAAACCUUCCUGAUCUGUCGGUAUUUGACUUUUAAAGAAUCCAGAAUUUCCAUGUGAAGAAUUUAUGUGAACGAUCUUUGUAUCAACCUGGUUCAGAUAGCUUUUUGUUAGCAGAGCGUUUUAGAAUCGAUCCUGCCUGUACAUGUAGCUGAAACAAAUAUUUAUAACAAACAUUACGUUGAGUUCCGAGUUGUAUGAAAACAUGAAAUAAACAUCAAUUUGCAAAUGUGCGUUUUAUUUGCUCGAUAGCUGCUUUGAAGGCACGUAACAAUCGUAUUUCCAAUCAAAACCUUUUGGAAACCACCCAAAAUCAUGCAAGAUCAUUCGAGAACAAUGUUUUGGCAUAUUCGCUGAUAGCUGUACCUGGUUAUAUCAGAAAAAAUAGAAAACUUUGUCUACUCACCAAUUCGCGUCACUUCAAAGAGCGUGGGAAAACGAGUCUACAAUGUUUUAUGUACGGUUAGCGGUUAGAGAUCGUAGUCAUUGAUAACGCUCCGUAAUGCUGUGCUUCUUCUAGUAAAUUCGCAUUUUUUUCUCCAUUUUGACAAGCAACUCGCUCUUACGAACAUUGACAGGUUUGACCAACCAAAAGUCUACCGAAAAAUCAAUCGUGACUAAUCUUCACAUGUUUUGUUCCUCUCAAUCGUACAGUGGGUCAUUCGGAAAUAAAUCGGGAAGCAAUCCUCGCACAUCCGAAGUUUGAUUAAGUACGAAUGUUCUCUUGUUACACGAUUUUGGUUAACAGACACGCUCAAUGACAUAGAAUCCAUGGCCCUUCAGCCAUAGAUUGAAAAACUGAUGUCAACAUUUUUGUUGAAUCAAAACUUUGCUUGUCAGAUAGAGAUGAUGCAUAUCAGCUUCGUAAAUUUAUGCAUAACAGAAAUGACUUUAGUUAGUCUAACGUAAGAACUUGCUAUAGAACAGCUGUGUACAUUAAGAAUGAUUUGAAUAAUUUGUACUAAAAUUCCAUGACAGUAAUUUCCAAAUUGAAUAAUUUGGAAAUUACAGUUAUGGUUUUAAGCUAACCAAUUCCAAAUAUUCAUGUCAUUUGACAUUGGCAUCUAUUGUUCAAAAACUAAAGUAACAAUUUCAUUUGAUUCAGAGUAACGCUCAGGAUCUGUUUGCCAUCUGUUCGACGAAUUUUUGCGGUGAAGUUGUACUAUUGUGCAUAUGCAAAUAACCCAGAUGAAUGCUGCAGUAACAACUACAAUAUAAUAUGCAAGUGACAGUAAGAAAUGUGGAUGAGUGUAACUCAAACCCAAGGCCAUGUCAACAUAACUGCCACAACACAGUUGGUAGUUAUACCUGCAGCUGUUAUUCCUGCUACUAUAAAAUUGGAGCGAAGUGUGAAUUAAGGCAAUGCCGAAUAAAUGGAAACUGUUAUCGAUACAAUACAAUCAAUCCAUGGAAUCGUUGUCAGAAAUGCCACUACAAUAACAAGACGUCAUGGACAAAUGACAAUGCCCUACCAUGCAAUGAUGGUAAAGCCUGCACCAGAAAUGACCACUGCUCUAAUGGAAGAUGCACUGGUACUCCAUUCACCUGCCUAUCAUGUGAAGAGUGUUACAAUGAUGCAUGUCUUGUUAAACCGGGAUAUUGUACAAUCAUUGUGGGAGGGGUGAAAACAUGCUUUCGUUAUGGGAACCUGAGGCCAGGAUAUCCAUGCCAGCAAUGUGACAGCAAUUACAAACAGCAGUGGACUAACAACAACAACCUACAAUGCAGUGACAACAACUUGAGGACCAAAAGUGAUCGAUGUUUGAAUGGAGCAUGUGUAGGAACACCCUAUAACUGUCUUUCAUGUGAAAGACAUGAUGGCAGUGGCUGUCCAAUCCAAUCUGGAUACUGCAUUAUACAGCAUGGUGGUCAAAGAACAUGCUUUGCUAAAUAUCAGUAUAAACCUGGAAAUCCAUGCCAGUGGUGUGAUCCAGGAAACAGCAUCAGUACAUGGUCAAAUCGUGACGGUGUUGCUUGUGAUGACAAUGAUAAGUGCACACGUAAAGACACCUGUCGCAAUGGCCAGUGUACUGCCACUCCUUUCACUUGUAACUCUGUGUGUCAGUACUGUAAUGGCAACAGCUGCAGUCUGAAAACCGGAUUUGGAUUGCUGAACAACAAAUGCAUGUGCAAGAUAGCAGGUCAGGACUAUGGUCAUCAGACCCUAAAUCCUUCAAACAAGUGUCAAUGGUGCGACUUGUAUGAUGCAACAGCCCGUGCUAACAGUGCCUGGUCCAAUCGUCCCACAGUCCCAUGUGACGAUACAAACAAAUGCACUAAACAGGACACCUGCAAAGCUGGCAGAUGUUCAGGGGUGGGAUAUUCUUGUCAAUCGUCUUUCCCUUCAUCAAGUUGUAUCAGGACUUCUAAGUGUGUUGGUGAUGGAACUUGCACUUUUAUUAUGAGGCCAAAAGGGACUAUAUGUCGAUCUGCUGUUGACGUCUGUGAUCAGCCAGAGAGGUGCAAUGGUAUUCUUGGAACUUGCCCUGGAGCAGUGACAGAUAGUAUUGUUUUGAAGACUGGCAACUUGCAAAUGAUGGACUCCAAGUUCAAGUCGCCUAGCACCUACCAGUAUAUCUCAAGCAGAUUAUUUUUAAAGAUAUCUGGAUUUUCAGUAUCAUGUGGCCAAAUUAAUCUAAGAUGGUCCAUUCUGCAAGGAAGUUCUCCUUGCUCUUUUAAUUCACCGGUCAGUGGUACUCUGCCAAACACCAAUGUAUACCAGACCAUAACUGGGCUAAAGCUUCAGGAUAAUACAACCUACAAAGUCUCCCUAAAAGCGUCUGACCUGAGAGACAAAAUACAUCAACUCGUUUGUAGCGGUAUAAUAAUCGUGGAUACGUCAAAGCCACAAGGUGGGUGGAUACGUGAUGGGCCUGGAUCCGACCUGAGUUACCAAGCCUCCACGUUGUUGCAGGUGAACUGGGGUGGAGUGAAAACAAGACAUGGGGUUGGAAAGUACGAGUGGAAGGUGAUUCUCAAGUCAUUUAAAAGCAAUAAUACCAGCGAGUUAAUGCCUUUUACCAACGUAAAUUUAAGCUCUAACGCAAGGAAAAAAUUCAGCAACUUGGCAGAUGGUUCAGAAGUGAAAUUUGUUGUUCGAGCUUUCACAAAAGCGGGCCUGUUUUCUGACCUCUUAAGUGAUGGAGUUGUCAUUGAUACCUCACCACCAGUAGCUUGCAAGAUAUACGAUGGGAAUCAACUUGGCGCAGACGUGAAAUAUGCCAAAUGGACCAGUACGUUCAGUGCAAACUGGGACCGUUUCACUGAUGCACAUUCUCCCAUUUCACGAUACACUUGGGCGGUACAGCGGCAAGGUGCCGGACUCAUUACUUCAUUUAAGAACACAGCACUAAACCGCUCUCCUACAGUAACUAACCUAAACCUAGUUUCUAAAGAAAGCUACUGCGCAGUCGUCAGAGGUUAUAACGAAGCUGGACUCUACAAUCAAGUAAGUUCAGACUGUGUGCUAAUAGAUCAUGAUGCUCCACAAGCUGGCUCCGUUAACGAUGGACAUUUCAGUGAUGUAGACUUCCAAUCAGAAGACACCAUGAUAGCAACGAACUGGAAUGGAUUCACAGACGGGAACAAAGGAAGUGGAAUCGUAGAAUACAAGUACAAGAUAUCAGACAACGGUGGAAAUAUAAUUGUUCUUUGGACAUCAGCGGGAAAUGCAACGAACAUUACACAUAACGGGUUGACUUUGAAGAAUGGCACAAAGUAUUUUGUCACUGUUAGAGCGGUUGAUGCAGUUGGUCUAAGCACUGACGUCACCACUGACGGCAUUACCGUGGAUACGACCCACCCAGUGUUUACAGGAAAAGUUAUAGUAACAGGAGAAAGCGACUUCAUAAAUGGAACACCUUGUGUCUACAUACCAAGUGUAUCGUCAGUAACGGUGCAGUGGGUUGGUUUCUCCGAUGCACACAGCGGACUUGUACGAUAUGACUGGGCUAUCAUCCCUUCAGACACGUCUCCAUCAAACUCUGACUUCAGUGCUGUACAAGGUUCUAAUCUGCCAACAUCCGCGACAUUCAGUAAUCUCGCGCUAACUCAAGGCAAAGGUUACCACAUCAUUAUAAGAGCCUACAAUGGUGCUAAAUUGUGGAAAGACGCUUAUUCAGUCCUCGUUAUACCUGAUUCCACUCCUCCUUCACCAGGAAACGUAUUUGAUGGACCAAUGUCCGAAGUAGACAUCGACUAUCAGGCAAACGUCAAAGAAGUUUAUGGUUCUUGGACCAAGUUCCCGGAGCCACACAUUGAAGUUAAGCAGUACUAUUAUGCUGUAGGAAGCUGCAUAAACGGAAACUAUCAUGUAACCGGAAAUAGAUUCGUUCGACUUGAUCCUCCAAAAGCAACUUCGUUUAUGUUAGCAAACGUUACACUGGUUAACGGCCAGCGUUACUGCAUUAAGAUCAAGGCUGAAAACAAGGCUGGGCUGAUUAGUUCUGAAGUGUCUUCGGAUGGCUUCGUCGUGGACGUGACAUUUCCGAAUGUACACCUGGCUCAAGUGCGUGAUGGAAACAAAGGUAUUGAUCUCGAUUAUCAAGCCAAUACCACAGCACUGUCAGCAGCAUGGGAUGGUUUCGUGGACCCCGAGUCUGGAAUCCAGUAUUAUGAAUAUGGAGUGAGCCGAAGUCGUGGUGGUACACCAAAUGUCUCUCCAUUUCAAAGCGCUUUUCUGAACACUUCAGUUACUGUGAGUGCCCUAUUAUUGUCUGAUGAUGUGUAUUACUUCAUAGUCUGUGCUGUGAACAAUGCCGAACUUCGAAAAUGCAAAAGUUCUGAUGGUGUUCUCAUUGACCUGACUCUCCCAAGUCAUGGUGUGGUGCAUGAUGGGAUUAUCGAACCAGAUAGAAAGUACCAGUCUUCCCUGUCAAGCAUGGCUGCAAACUGGGAAGGAAUAUGGGACUUAGAUAGUGGUGUUGAGAAAUUCGAUUGGAGUAUUGGAACAAGUGAGCAUGAGAAAACCAGUAUUCAAGGGUACACUGACGCUGGUCUUUCAACACAUGUCAGAAGUCAAAGAGUUCUCCGUUUAGUAAGUGGGACAAAGUACUAUGUGCAUUUGAAAGUGACAAACCAGGCUGGAUCAGUCAGGGAACUCGUUUCAGAUGGCGUUAUAGCGGAUGGAACUCCACCAAUACCAAACACAAUCCGUCCUGGAUUUGGGUUCCAAAGUGAUUGGAAAUACAGCGAGCAAGAGGAUGUUUUCUACUCCGCUACUGCAUCAAGUAUUGCAGUUUACUGGAAAAGAUUCUCCGAACCUGAGAGUGAAGUUUGGUACUACAAGUGGGCCAUAGGUACAAGCAAAUGUGGCACUCAAGUUCAAUCACUCGUUAACAUCGGCCAAGUUAAUUAUGCUAACACAACAAUGACAGACUUGGUCUUCAGAUCAGGAGUGAAAUAUUACGUCACUGUGAUUUCCAGGAACAAAGCUGGUCUCGUGUCACAAGCAUGCUCUGAUGCACUUGUCUUUGACAGCACCCCACCAAUUCCAGGAAACGUUUAUGUUGGGCAACCAUCAAGCAGGAAUGGUGAGAAGACCUUUAUCAGUAACAACGAUGUGACUAUUUUGUGGAAAGAAUUCGAAGAUCAAGAAAGUGGAGUACGAAGAUGCAAUAUUUCAGUCCUUGACCAAACUGGAAAUAUUGUCUUCUCUACGAUGAGAAAUACGUCAUCAGGCAAUAUGACAUUGCCUGGCAACAUUAACUUAACUCAUGGCGAAUACAAUGCCAGCGUAGAAUGCAUGAACAAUGCAGACCAUGUAUCGUCAUCGUCUUUAGUAUUUGUUAUCGAUAACACCCCCCCCAUCGAGACUGGUCCUAUUAUAGCAGGUGUGUCACGUGAUCACUCUUUCCAAUACCAGUCAGAUACAAGUUCAGUUACUGUAUCAUGGCCUUCAUUUAUAGACCUUGAAAGUGGCAUAGAGAAGUAUUAUUUUUCCAUUGGCACCAAGCCUUACCAAGACGACGUGGUAAGUUUUGAAGACGUAGACUUGGCCACUCGAAUAACCAAGAUGGACCUCGGUCUUUUCCAUGGGGCUACGUACUUCAUCACAGUUAAAGCAACAAACCUGGCUGGAUUAAGCGCCAAAAUUUCGUCACUUGGUCUCAUGAUAGACACGACUUCGCCUCUUGCUGUGAACGAUGAUAUCCAAGACGGUUCAGGUGACAAAGAUGCUGAUUAUUUCUCCCCUGGUGAGGGAUUAUCGGCACAUUGGGAAACGAUUAAAGAUCCCGAAAGUGGCAUCAUUCAGAGCGAGUAUUGCUUGGGGACUAAACCUCGAGGCUGUCAGAUUAAGCCAAUGACAAACAUUGGAACCAACAAAUCCUUUAUGUGCCCAAAAUGUAUCACACACGAGGAAGAGAGGGUAUUCGUAACAGUGCGUGUGACUAAUGGCGCUGGUCUGUCUCGAACACUUACCUCUGAUGGAAUGCUGCUGGAUGCCAGCCCUCCAGUAAUGGGAGAGGUUAUUGAUGGAAGUCACGUAACUGGAUGUGACUACAAUGUUGUGUUGGAGGAUUGGAAUGUUGCUAUGUCUUGGUUUGGUGUAGAGGAUGGCGAAAGUGGCGUUCGUUCAUGCAGGUGGACCAUUGAAAACGCCGAUGGAAUCGCUUUGUUUGAAAAGAAGAUAACCAAGGUUUCUAUUUAUGAGAAGAGAAAGGUUUUUUCAGACAACCAAACAUACAGAAAUCUGCAGCUCAUUAGAAACGUGACUUACCAUAAUGUGUUGAGUUGCUUGAAUAAAGCAGGGUUGCAAGCUACUGUGCGGUCUAAUGGUUUCCAGGUAGAAUCUGUUUGGCCUAUUCCAGCUCCUGUUCGAGAUGGCGCGGUACCAGAGAUAGAUCUUGUUUAUCUAACCAAUACCAAAACAGUUGGGGCCAACUGGGAUGCUUUUUAUGCGGAUAGCAAGGAUCCUGUUGUCGACUAUGAGAUGGCUAUCGGGACGGUUACAGGCAAAGAAGAUGUUCUUCACUUCACAAGUGUUGGCCUGACGAGGACUGUUAAAAAGGACUUGGCCCCAAAUAUUCCAGAUCUUGAUGUUUUAGAGGCUGGUAAAAUGUAUUACGUAACCAUUAAAGCUAAGACCUUAUGUAGUCUAAGUUCCACACAACAUUCGGAUGGAUUCAUAGUAGAUCCUAGCCCACCAGUGAAGGCAGAAUUUUUGGUGUCACAUAGAGUGGUCGAUCAAGGUAUGCAAACUAUUGAAAUAAGUGUCUCCUGGAAUGGCGUUAAAGACGACGAAAGUGGCGUAAGCAGCAAUGGAUAUUGCCUUGGAACAACUCCUCGCACUUGUAGGAGUGGCUUUGUGUUGGCAAGUGCCUCUACCUCUGGAACUAUUGGCCCUUUCAGACCUGAUCCACGGGCGGAAUAUUUCGUUACGGUUAUUGUUGUAAAUGGGGCUGGUCUGAAAACAGUCAUGUCAUCAAAGGAGCUAGUUUUUGACACCACACCCCCAUCUACAGGUAGUGUGAAUGAUGGCGCUGGCCAUGACAUCGAUUUUGUGAAUUCUACGAAUUUCUUGUCUAUCCAUUGGGGAGGAAUUGAGGAUGAAGAGUCCGGGGUUGCUUCCUGUUCAUUGGCACUGAUCGAGCAGUCAGCUUCACAUGACAGAACCGUAUUUGGAAAUGAUUCUGUUGUGUUGACAACAGCCGUGGAACGCGAAGGGAACCUCACUCAAGCAAAUCUUAGUCUUGCCCCAGGCGCUCGCUACAUCAGUGAAAUCACGUGCUCCAAUGGUGAUGGCUUCAGUAGCACUUCUUCCUCUGAUGGUGUCAUUGUAGAUAUCAGUCCACCUAAUGCUGGUGUGGUUCAGGAUGGAUCAUCUCUGCUAGCUGACGUUGAUUAUCAGUCGUCAACAUCUGUGGUAGAAGCAGUAUGGAAUCCCUUUGAAGACCUAGAAAGUGGAAUCGUGGAAUAUCGCUGGGGCCUAGGAACCACUCCUGAUGACACGGACGCUAUGAAUUUUACGGCUGUAGGAAGGAUAACAUCGGGGAAGGCAGAAAACUUGCUACUAACCCAUGACGUGCGGUAUUACGUCACUGUUGAGGCCGCAAAUGGCGCUGGGAUGACAACACGUGGUUGGUCUAGUGGUUUCGUAGUCGAUAUCACUCCCCCUGAAUUAACCGAGGUCGCGGCUGGUUCAAAACUUUGGAUUGGCCCGACAGACUUACUGCAUUCCUCGUGGAAGUCACAAGACCUCGAAAGCGGGAUAUCCAAAACAGAAUUUUGCGUUGGAACUUUGCCUGUCGGAUGCCAGAUUAAAUCCAUGAGCGAAAUACUCCCAAACGCAACGGACGUGAAAUGUAGUGACUGCCGUUUGAGUCAUUAUGGGACGUAUUACCUUAGUAUAAGAGUAACAAAUGGUGCUGGCCUUUUUACAGUGAUCGCGACAAACGGGACCAAAGUCGAUCUGACGGCUCCUUUCCUCGGUGAUGUUGUUCCGCAGUUCACCGUCACGUCAUGCAUCACCAAUUGUACCCUGGCUUCAAAUAUCACAGGCGUCCAGGAUCAUGAAAGCGGUGUCGGUGUGUGCAGCUAUGCCAUAAGAAACAGUACUGACUUUGUUACCGACUUUGUAGAUAAUGGCUUGAGCACGACUGUGGAGGCCUCAGGACUACAGUUGCUGCCUGGACAAAGCUAUUACACCGUGGUGAGAUGCAAAAACAAUGUUGGGCUCAGCACGGAGAGCGUGUCUUCUCCAGUCAUUGUUGACAAUACACCACCUUCGAAGGGCUCGGUAAUUGUGAGUGAAGACCGUACGCAUGACGUCUUUGGCAUACAUUCCAGCUGCCACCUCUUCAACAAAACCCUAAGGGCUCACUGGCAUGGUUUUCACGACGAAGAAUCCGAGAUAAGCGGCUUUCGUGUUGCAGUUGGAAAACAACCGAACGUGACCGACGUCUUGCUCUUCCAAGAAGUUGGCUUGGUGACAAACGUUAGUCUGUCUUUCACCAACAUCAGCACGUUGUUUGAUGGUGACAUCGUUUACGUGACCGUUCAAUCACGCAACGGCGUAGGCCUGGUCACUCAAAGUUCGUCACCUCCUACAAGGUUGAUUGCAGCUGACAGUGAGGAGUAUAUGAGAGAAGGAGAUUUUUACUGUCUGAAUUUUUAAGUUAAAAGGCUGUUGAUAAGCGCAAACUGGUACAAAAAUUAUGCUUAAUUUGCUGCUCGAGUCAUUUGAACAGGGCUGUGUUCUAGAAGCGUCCGGGUGCCACAGGCGACUAAUUUUUGACUUUGGGCGACUGGAAAGUCUCGCUUUUUUUUUUUUUUCAUAUAAGCUUAAGUGCUGGGCACCCAGGAUUUCAUAAUUAGGACUGAACUUUUGGCUCCUCGAAAUUUCUCGUAGACCACAGCCUUGUUUGAACCUUGAUUGUCUCGGCAUCUUCCUUCGGCGACAUUAUAUAUUUCUUAACAAGUGGAAGCAAUAGGCCAUUUCCGAGUUGCUUUUUGAUUUGCGCAAAACCAUUCAUAUAACAAUUUUUUCCGCGUACAGGUUCAUUCUCAUACCAAUGGAACUCAUUUUCAUGUGAGAGGUUUUUGCACGAGGACUCAUUUUGAAACAGAGGCACAAGGUAACUCGGAAAUGGCGUAUUGUUGAGUCUUUAAUGCAUGCAAUACAUGUGAUUACCUGAUUGACAGCAUUGCUUAAGAACCCCUUCGUUUUAAAAAAGCAUAAUAUGCUUUUUAUAAUUAUGUAAAUGAUACAUAGCUAACUUUCAGGAGAAAGUAGAACCAGUACCACAUUCAAGUGACCCUUUGAGAUCAUCUCAGUUCUUGUAUUUAGGUCCUUGGUAUAGAAUUGAAUAUAUUGCCGUAAUGAUUCGAUUUAGCUUAAGGGAUAGCUCUUAUUGGAGAGGGGUCACUUAUUAGGGAGGGGCGCUUAUUUCUUUUUUAAGUGUAAACUUCAGAAUGACAUAAAGCAUUUCAACCUAAAAACAACUGGUUAUUUGACUAAAGAACAGUGCAUAGUUUUAACACCAUUCGUGUGUUGGAUAUGGUCAGACUAGGCAAAUCACCCCUCUUAUCAGUCUAUGCUGUGUCAAUGUCGGGAGUGCCAUUUUCGUAAUGGGUGGGGCUUAUUGGAGCAGGGGUAUUUAUUGACAAUAGGGUGGUGCUUUCAUUAACAAGGGAACGGUUAAUGGACCCGGGACGGCUGAUUCGAAUAUAGUUGCAUGUUUGCAGAGUCAACCAAUUUAUACGGUUUCGUUACGGCCACCCUGACUUCCCAACUCUUAAAGAGCUCUCUCUCCUAGUUCCUAACAGAUUCUUAGAUUAUCGUUUUAAGCUACCUUUCCUAAGCUUUUAGCCUGCGUAGUUCUUGGUUUUUAGCUUGUCAAACACCUAUAUUAUGAGCCUCUGGCUCGGAGACUGGGACACCACUCCCUGUGUAUUUGACGUCGAAUAACGGAGGAGUUGUAAGCUGUUUACAUUCUUUGGUGAAAGUUAUUCCGUCCUUCGGAUUUUGGAUAGCUCUAAAUGACAGCAUAAUGUAGGUUUUUGUAAUUAAUAAAUGUGAUUGUCCAUAAAUAGAAAGAGUGCGAUAUACCAGAGGUGAAUUAAAUUGCAGUUGACAUCCUGAA